AUGACUGAAAGUCCAACUUCCUCCCCCCAGUCAAACCACACCACCAUUAUGGCUACAAGCCUGGCAGAGAUCGACCCCACACCUAGUAGUCCUCCAAAAUCAUCCUCCUCCAAAAAAUCGACUCUUGUCCUACCCGCCGCAGCCUCACCCAUCGAUCCAUGCAGCCUUGCCCAGCGCCGUUACUUCACAGGAUCCGAUGCUGUGUUGAGUAGAGCCAAGACACUGUCCAUUGCUGGAAAAAUAGAGCCUGGCAUGAGUGCCCAUCUUCCAGAAAACACUGCUACCUUCAAGUUUUUUGGCAGCUUCAAGAACUACAGUACAGGACACUACACCAUUCAUUGGCGUGUAAAGGCGUUGCCGGACUUUCACAUCCCGAACGGCCUUCACUUUGUGGUCAAAAUCUCGUAUGAUACUGAACCGGAUAUCAGUGGUACCCUGGAUGUGAUCCUGCCGCCACACAAACUGAACACCAUAGGUCGGGAUCAAUGGCACAACUUGACGCUUGAGGAAAAGGUAGUGAUACAGCCCCAUGAAGGAUGGGCCAACAUCCAGGUCAUUCUUCGCAACAACGAGAACGAAAACCGCGAUGAGUACUCUGGAUUCCAUGUCGAGCAUGUAGAGAUCAGACCAGUCGGCCUCAGGACAGAAAACCAACCUGGUGUACGUAACAUGGUGGUGCAGAGGGCGAGCAUACCGGUCAUGGUGCUCGAUACCACAAGGGCCUAUCCAAAAUCAAAGGACAUGCCGUACUUUCCUGCGGAUGUGCCCAUUACACGAAUUGCGAUCUCGAAAAAGAGUCGCUUCAUGGCGUCGCUGGGACAUUCCAAGGACGACGUCUUCAUCACCGUCUGGGAUAUGUCGUUUAUCAAGAACCCUUCCAACCCUUACAGGAACAUUGCGGCACUCUACAAGGGCACUGCUACUGCAAGGAUCCAUCACCCCGGCGUCGGAGAUCUCGCCAUCGGUCUUGCUAUCUCUCCAUAUGGUGAGCAAAUCACAAUCUUCCAAGAGCCCAAGAUCGGACAGUGGCUGGAGGGUUCAGUGGCACCCAAACCCGACUUCAAGUUCAGACUGUUCAACAACCCUAUGGUACCUCAGGUCUCUGUUACCGUGAACAUGGAUGCACCCUCUACAUCCAAUGUCGACGAAAAGGCACAGGAAGCCGCUGCAGACGAGACGCCUGGCAAGCAACGACUCACGAGCUCAACAUCUGUCAGCUCAGCCGGGUCAUCAACAACGGGCGGUCUUUUGCUGGAGAGCGUUGAUUGGGAGCACGAGAUCUUGCAGUCGCUAGUCGGUUUUGGAGAGUUCGUCCCUGGUGCCAAGAAGCCUGAUUGGGAGAGUAAUGACCUCGGAACUCUGGCGAGCAAUAUUGAUGACACUGAGGAGUCAGGAAAGGACGGCAAGGACAGCAAGGACGGAAAGAAUGGAUAUACUCAACCCAACAGCUUGUUCGUCACCUGUAACGGCAUCUACAUCGACGUCUACGAAAUCUCACAGGAGAGACGUUGGAAGCGCCUUCACACCAUUACCAUCACCGACCUUAUCCCAACCCUCUCGAGCCGCAUCACCUGCAAGAUGAUGAUGGACUCGAUCAGCAGCAACAACUUUAUGUGGCUCGAGGACAGUGGACGUAGCUGCACGAUCUGGGACUUGCGGACAGGGUCCAAUAUUGCCCAUAUCUCAAGCCUUGAUAAUGCGCUAUUCAAAGGACCGACUUUCCGCGGACACAGCAAGAUGGCGAUCUCGCCCCACGAGUCCAUUGUUGCUCUGGCCAGUGUGGACGGAAGUUUGACGACCUACUUUGCUAACACAGGAAUGGCGAUCGACGAUAGAAAGUUCCCGGGCUACAAGAUCGAGUACGUCGGAUUCAGCGCACAGGACGACAAGCUGAUUGUGGUUCUGCGCGACAGCGUCACAUUUGAGCUCAUCGGCAAGCAGUUGGACACCCUUCAGCUCAAGUCGGAGACCAUCAUCAACCAAACCCCCAUCCCAACCAUCGGAACCACACUGCAGGCCUACUUCAACAUCAAAGGGUACUUCAACCGCGGGCUUGUCAUCGAGGCGGACGGGCCCAAUAUCAACUGCUAUGUCUCCAACCAGCCAAGCAGCUCCAAGGUUAACAAAAUGAGCGACACGGUCCUCCAAUCUCACCCCGCGGAUGUCCUGUACGAGUCUCAGUACGACGACCAUAUCCAGUACCGUCUGCAGACAGCCUUCCACAGGGAGCUUUUACCCGAGGGCGACGGAGUCUUUUACUGGGUCCAUCGUGUCGAAGUCAUUCGGGAGGACCUGAAGGACAGGACACAGCGACUCAUCUUUUCGUUUAUUCCUGAACCUUGGAUGCGCGCCACAACUGCCGAGGUUUCCCACCCCGAGAACUUGCUCACCGCGUUCUUUGUUCCUUGCGGAACGCGUUUUGCGGUCAACGGCACCCAGACGCUUCAAAUCUGGAACCUCCCUACUCACGAGAACUCCAAGUGUAGUCUUCAAUACAUCUGGAGUCAACCCAGAGGCGACGAGGAUCUCGCACCCGGAGGUAUUGCCUAUAAGUCAGGACGAGUUCGGGACUAUUAUCUGGAGACCAUGGACGCGACCAUCUUCCUGGACAGAGUCACAGGAAACACCGUAGCCGAGAUCAAGGUCAAUGACAAGUCCAAGAAGAGAGUUAUCUCGAUCCCUGGGCCAGGAACCAUCGGUGCUCACUUUGCUAUUCUCUACUGUUUCCGCAGUAUUCAUCUUCUCGCCGCCGCUUAUGGCUAUUCGUCUCGAGAGAGUAAGAAGGCUUCCAGGGACGCUCAGCAGUCGUUCACUUUUGAGGACCAUGCUGAGGCCAUUCUUCGGUUUACGCGUGAACACAUAAACCGCAUGAUGUCCAUCGGUGUCUACCUCCCAGGCAAAGGCGGUAACGGCGGUAACUUCCAGGCUAACAAGCAGCGCAACCGCCCUCCAAGGAACGAGAAGCCCAGCGUCUCAAAUGAUGCUGCCAUCGUGCUUCUACCUGGUGCCGUUGGUCUUGGUGCUACCACUGAAGCAGGCCCCGAGGUCGCUGCUGGACCAAGACUCAUAGACGAAGGGGUGACCAUUCACGGAAACUCCAACCGUCGCCAGGCUGAGAGCUUCGACGACCGACCAGCUCCCCUCCACAUUCAGGAAACCAUCACAGCCCGCGAUAUGGGUCCAACAAUGGACUUUGUCCAGAGAAAAAAUGUUGUGCAAGCCAGAGGAUUUGACUUUACUCCUGAACCCCCCAGGAAGCAAACAACCCCCAACCACCCUCAGGUCAUCACAGUCCUCACUCUCCUCCUGGAUCAAAAGUACCUUCAAAAGGCCAACCACCACUUUGUUCAGGGCUUGCUGAAUACGAGUAACGGCGAUUGGAUUCCUCGCGACAACUCAGCCCUCAACCCUAUCCGACGUGCCAUCGAGUCCAGAAAUGCGACCUUGGUCGAAGCGUUCAUUGACUAUUGCAUUCUGAAUGCCAAGAAGUACCAUCCAGCCUACCUCAUGCCCGCCGUCCAGUGUCUGAACGAGCUUUCUGAGAGGUAUCCCGCCAUCCUGGCAGACAUGUUCCGCAAGGCCUCCUACGUCCCAGCCCACAAUUACGCCUACGUCUCGUCCCAUGCCCUGGUCGCAAACGCCCAGUACACAGAGUGGUUCAAGUCCAAGAUGAUGUUCUGGAACUUUAUUACAGGAAGAUCCUGGGAAAAAUCCAACAACAUCAACGACUACGACAAGCCCGUCUUCUCUCUGAGGUCCCAGCUUCCCUUCCGCUCGACCAGCUUCCUGAACAUCCUCAACAUUGAGACAUCCAUUCGAGAGAAGCGCCAGGGAAAGUUCCCUGCCAAACGAGAAACCAACGAGGAAGAGGUCAAGAAGAGGUCCAACAAGGACUACAAGAUCUACGUCACGCCGUUCCCCAAGCUGUCGAUGUAUGGUCCUUACAAGCCUUGGUACGAGGGUUUGGACACGGCCCAGUCCGCUUUCACAGACAUUGCUGGAGAGGACUACUUCGACAGUCCCGCCAUGGUUGCCACCCUGGAGUUCAAAUGGUAUAAAUUUGGCUUUAGAUACUGGAUGGUUCGGUUCCUGAUCGUUUUCAUCUUCUUCCUCAUGAUUGUCAUCAUCACUGCACUGCAAAUCACGUACUCGACGCGUGGCUCAGAUGCAGAAGAUAUUACCGACCGAUACAUGGACAACUGGCGGCCCUUCAUCAUGGUGGCAAUCGGAUUUGGAGCUGGUCUGUGCGGAUACGAAGCGAUGCAGUUCAUCUAUGCACCCAGGAAGUAUAUCAAGUCGCCUUACAACUACCUAGAUCUAACAGCGUAUACGUGGACCAUUAUUGGUUGUAUUCUGCUUGUAAACUCCGAGGUCGGCACGAUCGAUAAGGAUCAGGGCAUAGAUAUUGGGCCUCACCAGAUCUGGGUCAUGAGUUUUGGCAUCUUGUUCCUUUACUUCAACAUUCUGUUCGAACUGCGUGUUGUCCGACAAUUGGGAAUCGUGGUCAACAUUAUCCUAAACAUCACCCGAAGUAUCGUCUGGUUCUUCUUAAUUUUCGCUCUGAUCCUCGUCAGUUUCACACACGCCUUAAUGCACUUGCUGCAUACCCAACAGUACCACCCACUCUGUGAUCCCACUGCUGAUGUCAAAGGAUGCGAAGAACCGGGAGGAUUCCCGACGAAUGUCUUUGCCGCUCUGUCUGUUACCUACUUCUUCUUGUCUGGAAGAUACGAUCCGGUCGAUACGUCGCUCGAUGGCGCUUCUGUCAGUUUCCAUAUCAUGAUGAUCCUUUUCUUCUUCAUCUCCGCCAUCCUGUUCCUGAACAUUCUCAUCGCUUUGAUGAACGACGCGUUUAAUGAGAGUAAGGACCAAGGUCAACUGGCCUGGCUCAAGCAGUGGUCCGAAGUCAUUGCCGAGGUGGAAGUCUUCCUAAUGACCCAAAACACCCGCCAAAAUCGCAACUACUUCCCGGACUACAUCUACUACGGCGCCAAUGAACAAGAAGCAGAGCUCUACGAAUCCAGAUUCUUCAUCGCCUCCAAAUCCAACCUCUCCAUCGAGAACCGGUUCCUUGUAGACACCGUCACUGUUGAACAAAACGCCGCCCAGUUGACUCAAAGACAGGUUCUGAGGGAUGUCCAGACGUUGAGUAAGGAGUUGGAGAAGUUGAAGUCGAAUCAGGAUGAAUUUAAUCAGGAUGUUAUUCGGUUGACGGAGGUUGUAGCGGCUUACCUUGCCACGACUGCGCCACAGGAGGGGCCUGACAGUGAUAAUGAGUCCUUUACCUCAUCAUCGCACUCUGACACCAGUGUCUCGCCUGUGGAGAACGAUCCCCCAACAAGCGGGGCAUCGAUGGGUCGUGAGACUCAGAGCGCACCGCUUGGUGGUGCAGGCCGUGCAAGUGGACCUCAUUCGCCUCCGGUUCCGUCGCCUCCACCGCCAACGGCCGUUCCAGGUGGAGCUACCAUCAGUCUGCCGAGCCCCGUCCGUCCUGGUGCAAGUCCACCUCCACCGUCCAGAGCGUCGAGUGCCCCCGCGGCUCCCUCAUUGCCUAUUUCUACUAUUGGCCAUGUCAGCUCCGGUGGCCCUCCCCCACCGCCUCCACCUUCACUUCCCACAGAAGGUACCAGUGCCUACCCUACAAGACCCAGUAUGUCUCGCCCAAUCGCAGCUGGAAGUACUCCUUACUCUGCUCCAGGCAGUGCGCCUGGUGCUCCUCGCCCUAUUCCAAGUAGCAGUGCGCCAAGCAACCCAGGAAGUGCUCCCUUUAUUCCUACGCCUCCUCCAAUGCCCAUUCAGACGUCUAUGCCCAUGCCCUCACCACCUCCACCCAUGGCUCAGGAAGAGGCUCUGGAGCUCGACACCGGUAUGGAGGAAAGAAAGUCUUCACAACCUCUAGUGGUAGACGAGCGGAACGACGAAGAUGAGAUCACGUUGGACAUUGACUUUGACACAAAGGUGCCCAGCUUGGGCGACGUUGUGGAAGACAUGAAGGACAAGAUGAGCAAGAGUAAGAAGUCAUCGUCGCCAAUCUCGGAAGACAAGGACGAAGAGGAAGGAGACUCUAAUGUUCCCGGCGGUGGCGAAGACGAGGACGAUAUGCCAUCACCCCCACCUCCACCUCCACAGCCCAUCGUCGCGCCUAUCAUCGUCCGUCCCUCAACCCGCCCUCUACCCAUGUCCAAAGUGCCUCAACCACCCUCAUCAGCACCUGCAGUCGUCACCGUCCCCGCUCCAACCCAGCAACAACAGCAGGCUGGUCGCCGGUUCAAGAAGAUCAGCCCAGGCGCAGAGACAACCGACUCGCCCACAACCUAUACUCCAACCACCGGAGCAGAGGGCCGACACAACCCUCCCCCAAUCACAACCCUCCCCGUGGCCCCCUCCAAAAAACGCCAACAACAACAACAGCAACAACAACAACAGUCUCAGCAACCAGUCCCUCCCGUGCUGAACCAGCUCCCCGCAGGUGGUCCAACAAUCUACCACCCAGAUAUUGGCUCCUCCAAGACUACGUCCGCAUCCAAGGUCCCACGGUAUAAGGUCAUUGAACUCCAAGACCCCGAACGUGAACGCUCCGACACCGCCCCCGUCAUCGGCAGCAGCUCUGGAGCCGGAACCACUGGAACAAGAACGACGACUACCCAUAACAACACAGCAUUCCGCCAACGCGUCCAAAGGGUCGUCGCUGUCCAAACCGUCGACGACGCCCUCAGAGCCCACAGAAGAAUCGAGGACAACAACGUCAGUCACCCUGUCUACGUCGUCCAUCAACCCGCCCCCGCAGACGCGCGCAACCAACGCCAACAACAGCGGUUCCGCCGCGACAGUGAUGAUGAUGGACUCUAUGACGAUGACGAGGAUGAGGACGAGGGCCACGAUGGCCGUGAGGAUGAAGGACUGUACGGCCAUAGAAACAAGGGCAAGAAGAGUGUUCGUUCCUCAACUGCCCCUGCUGCGCGCCUCCUGGACGAGAUCCAAACUACUCACACUCCUCCUCAGAGCCAACCACAAGGUCAGCAGCAUGGUGGGCGUCCUCAACGCCCACAGUUGCCUCAAAUACACCCUCGCCGCCAACAACAGCCUUAG